AUGGGGCCACCAGGACCGCCUGGUCUGCCAGGAUCUUCACUAGGUGGAGGAACAGUUGGUCCAAAAGGCCUACCAGGGCCAGAUGGACCACCCGGCCCACCUGGAAACCAGGGACCGCCCGGUCCACCGGGACCAGCAGGAAGAGGAGGAGAACGCGGAAUUUGUCCUAAAUACUGUGCUGCUGAUGGCGAGGGAGCACCAUUUGCUUUGCACUCAAUCGUAAGAAGAAGCAAAACACCUAGAGAGUAUUCUUUCCUGGCACAUACAUGCAAUUCGCAGGCUCUCAAUCACAACAAGAGCGAAUUGAAGCACUCUGCUUGA